AUGGCAAGCUCUCCUAAACUUACAGCUCUGGCGCUAGUGCUGCUCUGCGCAGCCACCAUCAUGGCGGCGUCCUCGACGGCGGCAAAAGACGUCGAGUCCUACAGCUUCCCAGCCUUCAACGUCAACACGACCGACAACCUCCUGGUGGCCACCAACAUGUCCGUCCUCACGCCAGCGUCGCUCCUCUUCCAGCCCGAGCGGCCCUUCCCGGAGGUCAACGUGUCCGAGGGCUUCCUGCUGCUCCCCGACAUGAUCGACCUCUGGCGCGCCGGCGCACGAGACGGCGGGCCGCCGGCACGCGAGGCGUCCUUCAACACGAGCUUCACGGUGGAGAGCUCCGCCUCCCCCGUCUCCUUCGUCAUCCUCCUCGACAGGUUCCCGACGUUCAACAACCCGGUGGGCCUCCGCGGCGCCAACGACUCGGCCACAGGCGCCGCCGUGCCGAACGCCACGGCGGACGGCCUCGCCGCGGUCGAGGUCGGCACCGUGAAGUCGUACGCGCCCGAGUCCCCGGACGUCGGCCUCAACGUCACCGUCACGCCCAACGGCACCGCGCCGGCCGCCGUGUGGAUCGAGUACGACGCCGUCGCGCACCUCCUGCACGUGUACGUCGGUGCCGCCGGCGGGGAGCCGAGGCCGUCGAGAGCCCUGCUCGACACGCCGCUCUCUCUCGCCGGGCAAGGAACCACGGAGACCGCGCUCGUCGGUCUCUUCGCCGGCAAGGUCCGCGAUAUCUUCGUCGGCGUCCGUGACUGGGACCUGACGGUGGACCGGCUCGAUGGCAAGAAGAAGAAGGGAACGUCAUGGUGGGUGAUACUGAUCGCGGUGCUCGGAUCUGUGGCCGCCGCGACCGCCAUUGUCUCCUUGGUGGCGUGGUGCUUCGUGUCGAGGCGUCGGGCGCGCAACAUGGAACCCAAGCUAUAGUUUACUAGAGUUGGAGGUGCGCCUUGGCGCAACAUCCCGUAGAUCUUAUACCAAUGUUUAUUUUAUA